AUCUUGGAAGGAGGGAAUAUUAUGGAGCAAACGCGACAGGGACAUCCAAAAAUAGUCGAGAUUACCUUUGGUUUGCUCCUGCUCCGUCUCCAUAUGGCAAAGCCUAGCUACCGCUUCUUUUCCUUCUCUUCCCAACUUGGCCCCAUAUCUCUGAUUUUUAUUCUUCCCACACGGUCAAGAAACCACAUGCCAUGAAGGGAGAUAACGAAAAGGGAUUUCAAUGAGGUACCCUAUAUCAAGUCUAUCCAUGAUAAUUUUCUGAAAAGACCAUUCAACGAGCUCCUGCAUCCUGCAGAAUGGAUGAAGUGAAUGUGGAAAUUGUGCCACAAAUGCAUGUUCCUUCUGAAUCUAUCGAUUUAGUGGAAAGUUUGAUUGAUUCAGAACCUCCUAGUCCCUUUGGUUUCUCUAUAAGUGCCCCGAUUGUUCAUACCAAACAUCUAAGUGAAGACAUAAGUGCCCUUACAAUUAAUGGUUUGCGUUUGAACAAUGAAGAGCAAAAUUGCAAUGACCAGACCGAACGAAAGGGUAUAACUAGUCACGAUAGACAUUUUAGUGAAGAUUUAAGUUGCCUUGCAAUUAAUAACUUAUAUGUAAACAAAGAAGACCAGAAUGGCCUUAACUUGGGUGAACAAAAGGUAGAGAGUCGCCCUAAUUCUGCUGAGCAAAACAUUUAUAAGGCAGCAGAGAUUGCUGAGAGGUUCAUUCAGUCUAUAGAUAAUAGGGUGCUUGUUGACACUGCUGCACCAAUAGAAUCUGUUAAAGAGGCUGUAAGCAAAUUUGGAGGCAUUCUUGAUUGGAAAGAGAGACGUAAGAAUGUCCAGAAUGAGCUUGAUAAGGCACUGGAAGAUGCUCCUAGGUACAAAAGAAGAGCGGAAGCUGCGGAAGCUGAGAAAAGCAAAGUUGUCAUGGAAUUGUGUACCACUAGGAGAACCAUUGAAGGGUUGAAGCUAAAUCUAGAAAAGACACAAAUUGAGGCAAUACAAGCACAACAAGACUCGGAGCUUGCUGACAUACGGUUCAAAGAGAUUCAACAAGGAAUUGCAUGUAGAGAGAGUGCUGCAGCAAGAGCAGAGAUUGAGCUUGCAAGGUACCGCUAUGCUAGUGCCUUGGCAGAACUACAUUUAGUGAAGGAUGAGCUACAACAACUUCAGAAGGAGUACACGUCCAUAAACACUAAAAGGGACAAUGCUGAAACAAAAGCAUGUGAAUCUAGUGUUGCAUCUCAGGAGGUUGAGAAAACUGUGGAUGACCUUACCCUUGAAAUUAUCAGAUUAAAAGAGUUGCUCACCUCUUCACAAGCUACUCAUAUUAUAGCAGAGGAACAAAAACUGAAAGUGGCUUUAGCGUAUCAACGAGAAAAGGAAAAUUGUCAAAAUGAACUGAGCCAAGCUGAUGGGGAUGUUCAAAGUCUGCAUGAUGCGGUUUCAAUCAACAAAGAUCUCGAAUCUAAGCUAAAAGAUGCCUCUACACUGCUCGUGAAGUUGCAAGAUGAAUUUUCUAGUUAUUUGAAAGGGGAAAGUGUAGAUGGAGAUGCGGAGAGACCAAUGGUUAUUACCAAGUUGAAACUAGCAAGUGCUAGGAAGGAGCUUGAGGACAUGAGGGAGGACAUAAAAAAGGCCAAGGAUGAUGCCAGGAUAUUUUGGAAUGAUGCUGCUACAUUACGAGUUGAAAUAGAGAGGGAGGAGGCAGAUCUACUAGCAUUGAAACACAAAGAGCACCUCGCUUCGCUUUCUGUGUCAUCUCUCCAAGAAGAGCAAAGCAACAUGACAUAUGAGCUCAACAUUGUCCAUGAAAGAAAGAAAGCUGCUAAGAUGCCAACAGAGCUACAACAAGCAACUGAAGCAAUGGAACAAGCACAAACUAAGGCUCAGAUGGCACGUUAUGAGGUUGCAAAAGCUAGGGAAGAGGUGGAUCAAGUGAAGUCCCAAUUUAAUGUUGUCAAACUGAGGCUAGAAGCAGCGUCAAGGGAGAUACUUGCAGUGAACGCAUCUAAAGAAAUUGCAAAUGCCUCAGCAAAUGCAUUGCAAGAAUACAACGAUGAUGGACAAAUAGAGCCCCAAGAUGAACGAAUAAGCAAUAACUAUAUGAUGUUAUCACUUGAGGAGUACAAUGCCUUAAGUAAGAAAGCCCAAGAUGCUGAAGGCCUCGCUAAGAAGCAGGUCAUCAAGGCCGUUGAAAAAAUAAAAGAAGCUAAGGAUGCAGAGGUGAGAAGCUUGAAUCAGCUGGAGCAGUCGAUCAAGAAGACCAAUGAGAGGAAGUUGGAGCUGAGGGCUGCACAGGAGAAAGCCAAUUCAGCGCAAUAUGGAAAGCUCACCAUGGAGAAUGAACUACGGAAGAGGAGGGCCAACGAUGAGCAGCAAAGUAAAGCGAAUGAGUCGGACGUUCAUGACAUCCCCAAUUUUAAGAGUACAUCGCUUUCUUUUGAUGCAUCAUCAUCAACAUCCAAUCCUCACAUGGUUGGAACAUUGUCUAGAGCUGACACUAUAGCAGCAACUAGGGUGAAGGAGCCAAAGCCACGGAAGUCAAUCUUUCCACGGUCCUUAGUGGCCCUGUUCGUGUCUAGGAAGAAGACACAUUGAAAGUUAUGUUUCUUUCCACUGAUAAUAUUACGCUAAAUUAUUUUGUAUGGUUCCUUUGUAAAUGUACUCCUGUGCAGAUAGGUUACAGUGCAAACACAAUUGUACAAGUGUUUCUGAAA